GCCACCGGGGUCUGCGCUAUUGUGCGGAAAGUGCGAGAGCGGAUGUGAAGUGUCAGCCUCUUCCUGUUAGAGGACAAUAGAGCGGAGCGGGCAGAGGAGGCGGCGAGGUUCAAUGUUAGGAUUGAAGAAGAAGUAAUCAGAAAACAUGUCGAAGCGGCCGUCAUAUGCUCCGCCGCCGGCCCCGGCACCCACAACACAAAUGCCCAGCACACCAGGGUUUGUGGGAUACAAUCCAUACAGUCAUCUUGCCUACAACAACUACAGGCUGGGAGGGAACCCAGGCAGCAACAGCAGGGUAACGGCUUCAUCUGGGAUCACGAUCCCAAAGCCCCCGAAGCCUCCAGAUAAGCCCCUCAUGCCUUACAUGAGAUACAGCAGGAAGGUCUGGGACCAAGUGAAGGCUUCCAACCCUGACCUUAAGUUGUGGGAGAUUGGGAAGAUCAUUGGUGGGAUGUGGCGUGACCUAACCGAUGAGGAGAAGCAAGAGUACUUGAACGAAUAUGAAGCUGAAAAGAUUGAGUACAAUGAAUCUAUGAAAACCUACCACAACUCGCCUGCUUAUCUCGCUUACAUCAAUGCCAAAAGCAGAGCUGAAGCAGCCCUGGAAGAAGAAAGCCGCCAGCGCCAGUCCCGCCUCGACAAGGGAGAGCCGUACAUGAGCAUCCAGCCUGCGGAGGAUCCUGACGACUAUGAUGACGGUUUUUCCAUGAAGCACACAGCGGCAGCCCGUUUCCAGAGGAAUCACCGUUUGAUCAGUGAGAUUUUGAGCGAGAGCGUGGUCCCAGAUGUGAGGUCUGUGGUCACCACUGCCAGAAUGCAGGUCCUAAAAAGACAAGUCCAGUCCCUCAUGGUUCAUCAGCGCAAACUGGAGGCCGAGCUGUUACAAAUUGAAGAUCGUCACCAGGAAAAGAAAAGAAAGUUUUUAGAAAGUACCGAAGCCUUCAACAAUGAGCUUAAACGGCUGUGCAGCCUGAAAGUGGAGGUUGACAUGGAUAAGAUCGCAGCAGAAAUAGCUCAAGCAGAAGAACAGGCUCGCAAACGUCAGGAAGAGCGAGAGAAAGAAGCGGCAGAACAAGCUGAACGCAAUCAGAAUGCCGCAGCUGCUGCAGCGGCCGCCGCGGCAGCAGCGGCCGCUACCGCAGCUGAGGAGGAGCAGGAAGUGGUGAAGACUGAAGAGAAGAAUGGAGAGGAGGAGGUGGCAAUGGAGACAGAGGACACCCCUUCUUUGCCGCCACCAGAGGAGACCAGCGAGAGCCAGCAAAAUGGAGAGGAGGGGACUUCUACCCCAGAGGACAAGGAGAGCGGGCAAGAAGCGGUGGAUAGCACCCUGGACGAGGGAACAACUGACAGCAACACUGGGUCUGAGAGCAACAGCGGAACAGUGGAGGAAACCACUACAGAUCAAGUACCAGAAGAGACGGACCAGAAGGAUUGAUCUCCCCGUGCUAAGAGUUUGUGUUUUAUUUUAUUGUCACCCAAGGGUUGGUCAGGAACGAUGUCUCAAAUCAUUCCUAAAUUAUAAUCCCACUACACUUUUUUUGCUUCUUGACAUAUAUAUUUUUAUGGAGUAUUUGUCUGCUAUGGCCAUAUUGGUAUGGUGAUGGUGGUGGUGGUGGUGGUCAUCUGCGCCAUAAAAACGUUGUCGAGUAGCAUUUUUAGCUUGCGGACUGAAGUCUGUCCUUGGGGUACUGUACCCAGAUAGUGGGAUCUUCAUGAUGAAUUUUGGCUAGCAUCAGUGCUUGUACUGCAGCGGCGUCCCAAGUCCUGCGGUUUUUAAUUCUUCACCCUAAAUUCGGAUUUUAAUGCUCCCUCCACCACGCUGCAACUUUGUAGCUAAUGUGGCCUAAACACAAUUCUCGGCAUAAUUGUGUUAGAAAACCUAGUGUAUGAAUUGAUAUUUUUUAUUGAAUUUUUUUUUUAUCAAAUGCAAAUGAAAUAAAGAUGAAUUGAAUACUU